UGCCACACGUCCACGGGCUACUGCUGGUGUGUCACGCGUGACGGUCGUCACAUCCCAGGUACCUCCACAGCCGGCCGCCGGCCCAGGUGCAAAGGAAAAAGGAAAAGGAAAAAGGGCAGAGGUGGCAAGACGAGAAAGAGGAAAGCGUGCAACAGCAAAGACCGGCAGACAUUCAACGCCGCUCUCAUCAAAGUGUUCAAGGAGGAGUAUGACCGGGUCAACCCUACCCCGCCACCCGACUCAGACGGUCAUGGCGACGAAUUCGGGACGGAGAAAGCCAUUGUGGUGUGGAAGUUUAAUGAACUCGAUACCAAUAAAGACAGCAAGUUGAAGUUUAAGGAAAUUCGCAACUUUGGCAGGAUGGUGAGGAAGCUGAUCAAGCCAAGACCGUGCGCCAAGCGAUUCUUGAAAUUCUGUGAUAAAAAUCGAGAUAGAAUAAUAGAGAAAGCCGAAUGGACGCUAUGCCUUGGAGUAGAUAUAAAACUGUCUUUUCGAAUAUUCAUAUCUCUGAACUCAGCCAGCUCAGGUAGCAGUGCGGCCGGCGAUCGGGAAGCAGAUGGGGAGGAUCACCCCCAGAGGCCGGCCGCCACCUUCUUCCCGCCUGCUAAACUACCUGUGCUCAGUAGUGGCCCGUCCUCUUCCACUGCACCCUUCGACCCACAGGAUCGCAAAGACACGGCCCAGAGCUGCCCGGAGGAGAGAGAGUCUGCCAUGGCCUUCAACUCACAAGAGCCCAACGCCAAGCCUUUCAUCCCUGUGUGUACAGCCAAAGGAGACUGGGAGAAGGCACAGUGUCACUCCACCGGCCACUGCUGGUGUGUGCAGGUGUUGGAGCGGAAAGAAUGGCGUCCCCUGCGCCGCUCCACGUUGAAAAAUAAGGCGUACCCUCGCAGGUGUCGUCGGAGCUUCCUGCGCUACUGUGACGUGGACAAGAACAAGAAGAUCACCUAUGACGAGUGGAAGGACUGCCUGGGAUUGAACCUGGAUCAGUUGACUUGAGGCCCUCCGAAAGCUGGCGAAUGUCGUCCGGCCCAGUUGUCCCCCCGGAAGCUAGGAUGGGAGCCUUUGGAAAGGGAACUUGUCAAACCACGCUUUGUCCACCCUAGCUCUCCUUGUUGUACGACUCAAACUUCUCUAAGUAUGUUGUGUCUGUUUGUGAAUACAGUGCCACUACAGUAACUGUUUGUCCCCCCCGUUUGCGUGAGAGUUUUUCUUUGGCUGAAUUGAACACAGGAAAGGAAUCCCCCCCCCUUUUCCCCUUCUUUUCCUCUUACAAUAAAUUAACAGACAAAUAGACAAACACGAAGACAAUUGAUUAGAUAAAUGCUUGAAUAGAUAAAUAAGAAAAUAGAUAAUGUAAUAAAGAAAUAGGCACAUAAAUAAAUGUAUAAAUGAAUAAAUAAGUAAUCUAAGGUUUAGAAGAGUUUCACGGCACUUGCAAAACAAUAAGGUCAUAUAAAUGCCGCAGAUGAUCUAAUUAAGUAAACAAAACAUGUAAAUAAAUUAGUAAAUAAACACAAAAGAAUAAAUAAAUAGAUGGUAUUCAAUUUACAAUUUCCUCACUUUCUAUCAAAACCUUGACUCUCAAAACUAAAGUUCGAGUAAUACAUAAAAAAAGAAUAAUAGCAUAUAC